AUGGGAAGAGAGUCUGGAAGAAGCUGGAUCCACGUGACUCGUGAUUUCAGUUCUUUCUAUCCCCUCUCGGUAUUUGGUGAACGAACACGUUACGUGAAGCAGGAGCUAUGGCUGGACCCUCUGUUUGCCGUGACCAUCGGAGUGCUUGCCUACGGAGUGUUUGAGCAGCGACACGGCCGACAGGAAGGUCACCGACUGAUCGACCUCGUCCAGCGAAAGUGGGACCGGGAUAUUAACGGAAACGUUACCAACUUUCUUCCUAUUGAGGACAACAAGGAGUAA